GUCCCCUGUUCUUGCCUCGCUCGUCUGAUUCGUAAUGGCUGUCAAUUGGCAGGGGAAGCUCCUCCGUAGUGGGGCGCGCAUGGAAGGUCGUACCAAUGCUCUGAGAUCAUCGCAAAGACGGCGUCUUUGACAAUUCCGCCCCAAAAAGUGACUUUUGGAAUUAUCCCGGGCUCUCCGACAAGAGCAAAAUCUGCCACAAAUCCAACUGUCGUGGCGUUUCUAGGCUCUUUAUUUACAUCACAGAACUUUGUCUUGACAAGUCCGACAUAUCCUCUCAGGAUCGCCGGUAAUUACUGAAUCGUUUUCAAGUGCCAGCUCAAGUACCUUACCUACCUAACUAGGUAGCUUUACCUGUUCAGCUUUAGCGACAGGAGGUUUUCUCCCACUGUGAUCAUACACGCAAUAAUGGUGGCGAUGCGCCAACCAGCGAGGCAGCUUUGCCAAACGCUUUCGCAAACCGGAUCAUCUCGCUUUGCUGCCAAUGGCCUAAGGACAUUACCUUCGACGGCUAUUCAGACCAGGGCAUUUGCGACGCCAGUGCCCCCCGUCACGCAAGAUGCCACAGGAUCCAAGGGCCCAACGGCCAUGGUCUUUCUGAACAUGGGAGGCCCCUCGACUACCGAGGAGGUCCAUGACUUCCUUCUCAGGCUUUUUUCCGACGCCGACCUGAUCCCCUUCGGCCCGUUGCAAAAGUACCUGGCGCAAUGGAUUUCGAAGCGAAGAACACCCAAAAUCCAGGAACAGUAUGCAGCCAUUGGAGGUGGUUCGCCGAUUCGUAAAUGGUCCGAGCACCAGAACGCCGAGAUGUGCAAGCUGCUCGACAAGAUCUCUCCCGAGACGGCGCCGCAUAAGCCCUACGUCGCCUUCCGCUACGCGAAUCCGCUGACCGAGGAGAUGUACAAUCGCCUUUUGGCGGACGGCUUCGGCAACGGCAAGGGCGGUAGGGCGGUUGCGUUCACGCAGUACCCGCAGUACUCGUGCUCGACGACGGGAAGCAGCCUGAACGAGCUGUGGAAGUGGAGGCAAAGGCUCGAGGGCAAGUCGGCGGAUGUUGAUGGUGGCUCAUCCGCGGCGCUCUCAAAGGUGAACGAUGGCACAAUACAGUGGAGCGUCAUUGACCGAUGGCCCGUCCAUGCGGGCUUAGUGGAAGCUUUCGCCCAGAAUAUUGAGGCGAAGCUGGCUGAGUACCCAGAGGAAAGGAGAAACAAGGUCGUGCUGAUGUUUUCAGCCCACAGUCUCCCUAUGACUGUGGUAAACAGAGGAGAUCCCUACCCAGCCGAGGUUGCGGCCACCGUCUACGGUGUGAUGCAGCGAUUGGGAUUCUCAAACCCCUACCGUCUUUGCUGGCAGUCGCAGGUUGGCCCCCAGCCAUGGCUUGGGCCUCAAACCUCAACUUCGGUUGAGGAAUAUGUUUCCAAGGGCCAGAAAGACAUUGUUCUGAUCCCAAUCGCAUUUACAUCUGACCACAUCGAGACGUUGUUUGAACUCGAUCAAGAAGUUAUUGGGGACUCUGGACACCCCGAUACGGUCAAGCGCGUAGAGAGCCUAAACGGUAGCCAGGUCUUUAUCAAGGCCUUGGCUGAUAUUGCCAAGGAGCACCUCCAUAGCGGCCUCGCUUGCUCGACCCAGAUGGGUCUGCGCUGCCCCGGCUGCAAGAGCGAGAGGUGUUUAGAGUCGAAGAAGUUUUUCGCCAGCCAGCAGGCGAGGUUCUCUGGUGCAUGAGGACCGCCUGUGGGUUGAGCCUGCCUAUCGGCAUUUUCUUUUUUUUUCCCCCUUCUUUUUGUGAUAUACAUCUAUGUAAACAUAUUUGAACAUUAUAAGAAAAGCAGAUCACCAAUUGUCGGAAUACAGGCAGGCUAAGACAAAAGUCUCGAGAUCUCAUGUACAUUAUUCAGUCGUGUGGACAAAACUCAACUGGCAGGUGAGUCGACCACAACAUAUACUCAGUGAACUGAACCUAGGGAAAUACCGACUGGAUUUGCAGCUUGGCGCUGCUUGCUUCCAUAGUUGGAGAUGAGAACGCCGAGAAGCUCGUAGAGAGUGCCGGCUAGUAAAAAAAUGGCGAUUACCUGGCCAAAAGUCCACUCGCUCUCCUCGGCAGCCACCUUGUUGGCAUUGAUCAUUUGCUCCAGGGACACGAUGGCAUAGAUGGAGAAGGCCAAAUACGCCACGACGCGUAAAAACUCUGAUACAUAAUCGUCUUCCCCAGCGUCCAUGUUCGAAGCCGCCCCCGAGUUCGGUUCGGUCCAGGCAAUGCUGCAGUGACCGCUCAAGCAUGAGAUCCCAUUCCUAUUUCGAUGAAUUCCCACACCUGACCCGUCACCCGCGCGCCGCCGACUCGCCCUGCAGCAAAGCGCCAGGCCCAACGAGGGAAUGCCCAGUAUGAGGAGCAUGACAAAGGCACCCGGCCCCACGGCGAGCGUGGCCAGGGCGACGUAGCGAAAGACGGGGUCGACGGCGCGGACCCUGACGCCAAAGACGACGUACACGGUGAAGGCGUUACACUCUGGCUGUGGGCCGAAGCUCGGGGCGUUGACCCAGACGUAGAUGUUGAAGGCGACAAAGACUACGACGGCGGCAGCGAUGAUGACGGCGUCGACGACGUGGCGCGCCAUCUCGUUACCGCGGUACAGGCCGCGAGAGGCCAGGUUUAUGCCCAGCAGGGCCAGCAUGUGCAACACGACGACGGCGUGGAAGAGCGUGAGCUGGCCCUGAAAGGUCUGCACGACGGCCGUGCACAGCAGCGACAGGCCCUGCAGGCUGAGCGCGGCGACAGUGCUCCGGGAGAAGUCUUCCGAGUUGGCCCGCUCGCGCACGAGGAUCUUGACCAGGUAGCUGAAGAGCUUUCCGGUGAGGCACAGUGCGUAUAUCGAUACUCUGAUCUGAUAUUAUAUGAACAAAAAAAAGAAAAAAGAAUUGGGUUUGUAAGUGUCGGGUACGGCGGUCCGAACGACUGGGAUGGCAGGUUUUAUGGAACUUACACCAACGCCGCUGACAUCCGCAUUCGCUGCUAUUUCGCAGCCGGCUUCUGUCGAAUCCAUGGCUCGUAGUCGUCUGGCUUGUCCAACAUUAUAUAAAACCUACCGCGUUGAUCCAGGAUGUGCUACACCAUGAUUGUUUCAUUCAAGAUUGUCGGUCUUCAAGUCAUACGCAUGAAACUCUGUCCAGGAAGGCGUAUAACCUACUCAAAUCUGAUUGUUCCUGAACGUGUUUGGAUUUGGUAACAAUCAGAACCGUGAGACGCUGACCACCUUGGUAUCGCUCAGACUUAAAUACAACGUGGACAGAAAAGAAAAACAAAAGCCCUCCAAGAAGCCCGACCCCAGCCUGACCUCGCUGAACCACUCUUCCUUCGCAAA